AUGGCCAUUGACAAUCCCUACGAGAUCCUCAGCCAGUCCUUCAACUUUCCAACUAAGGACCAGCGACAAUGGUGGCACUACACUGCACCCGGCUUCGUCAAGAGCAUGACGGAUGCAAAGUACACACCCGACGCGAAGUACAAACAGCUCGCGUUUUUCUACCACUGCGUCCUCCCGCACCUUGGCCAGUUCCCUUACUCCUAUAAGCCCAUCAGCCCUCAGGCCAGCACAAUGGCGGAUCUUUUCAACAUCGAGAAAAUGUGGCCAGUGGUCGACGAGAUCGCACGCUUCGACCUAAGCAUUGACACGACACUUUUCCACAAAAUAGCGGACCUCCUCUUGUUAAAGGACGAAGCGAAGGCACUUAGCUCGCAGCCCGGGUUUAAGCUGGGGGGCCCCACACACAGGCAGUAUCAGUUUGCUGUUAAUAUUAAGGAUGAGCGGCUGAUGCUAAAGGGGUACUUCUUUACGGCGAUGAAGAGUCUGGCGAUGGGGGUGUCGGCCGAUAGGCUGAUUAGCAAUAUGAUGGAGAGUUAUGUCCAGAGCUGUGCCGUAUCGACAUUUAUCACAGUGUAUCUGGGCUGUGAUAUGAUUGAUCCGGCACUGACCAGGCUCAAAGUCUACGGUCUCGACAGCGAAGUGACCUUUGAGUGGCUUGUUGACCUCUGGACUUUAGGUGGGAGGAUCCCCAACGAGAUCAAAGUCGACCAUAUGGAACUAGGUGAUCUGUCUAAGUCGCUGCUACCGGUCAUCGUCAACUACACUCUUCUCCCCAACAAGCCCCAUCCCGAACCGCAGAUGUAUCUUGUGCCGUUUGGCUCGCCUGAUGUGCAGAUUGUGGAUGCGCUUACGCAGUUUUUUGAGCGGAUGGGAUGGGGGGAGGCUGCGAGAACGUACAGGGAGAAUCUGUUCUCUUACUACCCAAACCAGGAUUUCUCCAAGACUAGACAUGUCCAGGAAGCGAUUUCGCUUUCGUACAAGGAGGGAAAGCCAUAUCUUAGUGUGUAUCUCUCGCACUUUUAG